CCCAAACUGACAACAACUCAAACUCAACUCAAAGAUCUUAAACUAGCAUCCAGCUCCACGAUGUCUACAAAAAUGCAAGUUUUUGCCCUUUUGGUAGUAGCAAUGAUUGUGGCCUGUAGUGCUACCCCAGUCCCUGAAGCUGACCCAGCAGGCUAUGGAGGCUACGGUGGUGGACAUGGACAUGGACACGGAGGUGGUCAUGGGGGACAUGGCGGUCACGGUGGACACCACGGCGGUCACCACGGCGGUCACUACGGCGGUCACCAUGGCGGUCAUGGUGGCCAUGGGCAUGGAGGACAUGGAUAUGGGCGUUAGAUGUAAAAUAUGCGAAUGUGGUAGUACAGGGUAUAAU